GAAGAAGAAUGCAGAUCCUUAUGACAGCACAGAACACUUUUCAUCCAGAGAUGACAGAUCCUAUACUAAACAACAAAAGCGAUCAGAAAAACACGAAUCAGGAAAUCAAGAAGUAACCUUGACAUCAGCUUCAGAAAAGAAGAGUAGACCUUUGUCUGCAACAAGAAGAAUGGAACCUAAGGAUAAAUUGGAUGACAAUGCAGAAGAGAUUUUUAAAGCAAUGGCUGAAGAGAAUCAGACAGUAGAAUCAAAAGCAUCUGGAUCUCAGACAGCUCCAGUAAGAUCUAAGAACGUAUCCAGCUCACCAUUACAUGAGGUUAAAAGGCCAUCAUCAUUGGCUUCCUUUCCUUUGAAAACUGAUGACACCAUAGCUCUUGUCACAGAGAAAGUCAGAAAAAUGGAUGCAAGGCAACAACAAAGUUUGAUAGAGCUUCUGUCCAAACUGGAAUGCAAGGCUCCUUUUAAGGUGUCCAGUCCAUCACCUUCUCCUCGACUUUCCCCAAUGAAAGCUACUGUGCCAUUUACACCCGUGACAAAAUCUUCAUCUAUUGAGAGUCAAUCUAAGGAUUUCAGUGUAAUGGAUUCACUGGAUGAUGCUGAAAAUGAUAAAGCUGAAAGUGAAGAGGGAACAGAUGUCUAUUUUGAGAUUAUUUCAAACUGGGGAAACUCAAGUUAUGUAGGACUAACAGAGAUUCAGUUCUUUGAUUUAAAGGGGAACACGAUUCCUUAUGAUGAGCACAAUGUGAGUUUAUCAGGCCAUGUUGGAGACGGGGGUGUCCUUGGUAACUUAGCCAAUGGGAAAACAAAGACUACUAAAGGUCGGUAUAUGUGGUCAUGUGGGUUUCAAACUAAACAUCCAGUUGAAUUAGUGUUUCAUCUGCCCAGUGGUGACGCUACUAGCCUUGAAUCUCAUGGACUAUCAAAAAUCUCUGUCUGGAAUUAUAACAGAGGUAUCAAGGAACUAAAUGUCGGAGUUAAAGAUGUGAGAAUUUUCGUCGGAGGGGACCUUGUAUGGGAAGGAGUUAUUGACAAAGGGUGUGGUAAUCAGGUGUUUGAUUACUGCAAAGUUAUUAAUCUCAUCCACACAAACGAAAAAUCGGAAGGAAGCAAGGAACAGGCACAGGAUCCAGAGCCUAUAAUUCGAAGUGAAACUGUGGUAUUGAGAAGAUCUGUCGAUGGACAGAAAGAGGAGAACGAAGAGAUGAGUGCUGCUGUUGAGUGUGAUAAAAGUUCUGAACAGGAUGUGAGCAGAUGUAAAACGGUGUUGUUAAAAUCGUCAGCUGAGGAAGAUCCACAAAGAAAACAGCGUGAUAUUAAGGAUAAUAGUGUCGAGCAAUAUAAAAAUGAAAGACAUGCUAAAGAUGGCAAACAAUCUAAAGAACAUGAAAUGAUACCAAAACCCCCAGAGUCUCCCAGGAUGCACCCAAAAUCCCCAAGACCACAUCGACAGGAAAAGUCAGCAGAAGAAAGUAAGGCAGGCCAACAACAACAAGGACAAGACAGAACUAAGGAGAAAGCCCUGAGGUCUCUGUUAGCUGCCGACUUGACAUCAAGCGAUAAAAAACUUGAGGAGCAAUCUCUGGUUACCAGGUCAAGUUCCACUCCAAAUCUUUCAUCCUCAGAAGCUCUUGGGAGCUCGGAUGUGAACAGUGAUUCUCUAAGAGGAAAUUCUGUGGCUGGCUCUGUGUUACCAAACAAGCCACCAUGGUUAGAGUCGAGCAAGAAGAAAGACAAAUCUGGUUCUUCCUCCCGUUCAUCCUCAAGAUCAAAAUCCAGACCCAUAUGGCUUGAGAAUGAACCAGGUGUUGAUCCAGCAAGAAGUAACAGUUUGACAGAUGUCCGACUAGCAUCAGAUGAUCUUUUCAAGAGUGAGAAGCCUCAUUCCAGACCAUCAAGUGGACGUAGAUCCAGCACUCCUGGGGCCAGUGAUAAGUCGGAGUCAUGGCCCAGUGAAUUUCUUGGCAAGGAUGAAAGUCUUCCGACUUGUUUGGAUGGAAAGGCUGGUCAACUGGAAGGAAAAGGUCGCACUGGCUCGGGGAGAAGAAAAGAUGAGGAUAAAGGGUGUAGUGAAGUUGGAACAGAAGAGACGGGUGCACAACAUGAUGCAAAGCAAGCACGAGCCACGUGGAGAAGAGAGCAGAAUUUGAGUUUAGAGGAAUCGUGGAGUUUAUUGUCUUUGUUUGAGAAAUCACACAGAGGACGAAUAACAAAGGAUCUUGAUCUGGAAAAUCAUGGUGAUGCUCUAGAUGAGAUGUUAUCAAAAAGAGAAGAACACAUUCAGCCAAUAACAGAACAGUCUAAGGAGAUCGAUGAGAGUGGUUUGACCGAUUUAGAGAUUCCAACACUUCCCAGAGGAAAGCAGUUAGUGAUCUACAUCAAGAACACCUGGGGAGACAGAAACUACGUAGGACUCAAUGGAAUUGAGGUGUUCACAGAUUGUGGUAAACCUGCAGAGAUUAUAGAGAUCUCGGCGGAUCCUCCAGAUAUUAACAUCCUUCCUGAGUAUGGUAAUGAUCCAAGAAUAGUGACCAAUCUCAUUGAUGGGGUUUUUCGCACCAGGGAUGAUAUGCAUCUUUGGCUGGCUCCGUUCACACCUGGAGGAAAACAUAGUAUCAGUAUUACGUUUGCUGAAAGCACAAGGAUCGCCAUGAUAAGAAUAUGGAAUUACAACAAAUCAAGAAUUCACUCCUUCAGAGGAGUACGAUGUAUUGAUUUGACCCUGGAUGGGAGCCUGAUAUUUCAGGGAGAAAUCGCACGAGCCAGUGGUGUCCUUGGAACUAAUUAUGCCUUUGGCGACACAAUUAUGUUCACGAUGGAUGAAGACAUACUAGAAGCCAUGGCUCAGUAUGACCAGACGUAUGAGGGAGACGAGGAGGACGAAGACGAAUUACUAAGGAGCUGUUACUUUGAACGGCCGUCCACUGCUGAUCAGGCAGAGGAAGAGGUGCAUGGUACUUCGACCAAGGACGUGGAACGCAGAUCUGAAAGCAGGGUGAAUUUGAAAAAGCUUAUGCCAGACUAUGAACCAAUUACGGAAAACAACAUAACCGCGCAUCCUCACAGUGUGAACGUUUUACCAGGAGUGGUAGAUGAUAUAAGAACUCCUGACAAGUUGAUAGACGGUGUGAAUGACACUUACGAUGGACGGCACAUGUGGUUGGCUCCCAUCUUAC